AUGAUGGCCACAUCUAUGAACGAAGAGAAUUCCUGGGAGAACUUAAACCAAGUGCAAUUAAAGAAAUUUACAGCACCUUCCCAGGAGGCCGCUUUAGGUGACCUACAAAAUCGCGACAUUACCGUCAAGGAUGUGCCCAAGCCCGUGAUGGGUGUUGCUGGGAUUCGUCCGAAGCCUGUGGCAGCUGCUGUCGUUCAAAAGGAGCCGGAGGUUAAAAAGGAUUCGGAGGUGCUGGCCUUUUUCAUCUCAACCAACGCUCCUGCUGCCACCACCACCAAGCCAUGGGAAGGGAUGGAGGAGGAGCAGCCCAUCUUCAGGGAUCACUUGGCGGGCCAGAAGGAGGUAUCGCACGAAAUGCGAGCGGUGUUGAUCGACUGCAUCAACGACGUUCACCAAAACUUCAACCUGGCCGCAAAGAUCUUCCAGCUGGCAGUGGCCAUCAUUGAUCGCUACCUGCAGGUGGUCAAACGCACCCAAUUGGAGUUGGUUGGCAUCACAGCCCUCUUUAUGGCCACCAAGUACAAGGAGUCCAUUCCGCCGGCAAUCGAAUGUUUUGCCUUUAUCAUCAAUGAUAAAAAUAUCACCGACACGGUCCGCCAGAUCUGCCAAAUGGAGCUGCAGAUCCUUAAGGUCAUCGGCUGCAACUUGUCGCGACCGCUGCCGUUUCGUUUCUUGCGCAGCUACUCGAAGGCUGCCGUCGCAGAGGAUGAGCACCAUGCCAUGGCCAAGUACUUUAUCGAGUUGGCUUCCAUGGAUUACGAUCUGGCCAGCUACAGGCCCUCGGAGAUUGCCGCUGCCUCGCUGUUCCUGUUGAUGCAGUUGAUAAAUGGAAACAACCAGGCUGCCAAGGGAUUCAACGAUGGCCACUGGACCCCCUCCCUGGCCUUCUACUUCAAUUUUCUCAUUCCCCUCGCUCACUCACUUCCCUUUUCGAAAAAAAAGAAGAGCAGAAUUCAUUUGAGCCUUGGCCAUUUCAUUAACUGGCCAAAUGGCGAACCGAAAACGCUGCGGCGAUUAGGCUACUUCAUCGGCAGCUCCCUGGUCUUCCUGGCCGUAUGCGGUUUUUAUGGCCGUCGAGGCGAUCAAAUAGAGACGCUCAGCCGUUGGCCACCGCCACCGCCAUCGCCGUAUCCGUAUCCGUGGUAA